ACUUCUACAAGAGAUGUUUGAAAAAUUUCUACUUAUCGUGAUUAUUUGUUCAUCAGUAACAUGUCAGUCAGGUGUUAAGAUUGAGUUCCCCUUGGUAUCUGCCCUGGAUAGUAUAGUUUACAAGUAUGGAGGAGAAUCCAUGAAUAUAUCGGAUACACUGGAUACAUUACUCAACUAUUUUACUCCCUCAGGACCAGGCGUCUCACAACAAUGCCUAGAAGAUGGUGAAUACUUGAAGAAAAAUAUUUACCAAGGUUGGGCUCUAAAGAUGAUUGAUGCUACAGGAAAGCUACCAGGUUCAGGAGCCCUGCAAGGUGCUCUACAAACUAUACCUGGAAAUGUUUACUCUUGCCUUGAGGUUGAUGCAACUAGGUUCAGAGGAAAGUACUGUAUUCUAUCUGUAGGAGAUAAGGUUGGUGAUGGUGAAAUACAAUCAAGAAGUAUCAACCCUGAAGCUAUUCAUCAGAUAGGAGGUAGAGGUGCUCUGCUCACACCUUUAUUAGAGUUUAUUGCAAAAAGUAAGUUUGAGAAAGGUCACUGUGUUCCUGAUUCGUGUACUGAGACAGAUGUAGAGGCAGGUUGGAACAAUUUCCUUGUUGAAUCUGGAGUUGAGACCAACGGGUUUGUUUAUAGUUGUAAAGAUAACUCUCCUGUUGAUGUAUUACCUGCUGAUUAUGUUGUUCUACUGAUUGUUCUCAUCUUUGUGUGUCUAGUUGCUAUUGGAACUAUACUUGAUGUUUCAGUUGAGUACCUGGAUGGUCAUCUGCUUCCUGAGAACAUGAUCAUAAUAUUUCAAGGGUUUUCGCUUAGAAGAACUCUAGUAAAAAUAUUCCAUGUUGGUGAAAAUAAAGAUAAUCUGGGUUGUAUCAAUGGUAUAAGAUUUCUCUCCAUGUUUUGGGUCAUUGCUGGUCAUUCAUACCUUACAAUGAUAGAGUUUCCACCGUUUAUUUCCAACAAAGUAUUCAUCUUAGAAAUUAUGGAACAAUACUCUAUGAAACUCAUCUUUAAUGCAACUCCAAGUGUAGAUUCAUUCUUUCUAAUAGGUUCCACGUUGCUGGCUUUUUUAACUCUAAAAGAGUUGGAUAAAAAGAACGUCCCUCCACAGAAGUUUUGGACACUCUUCUACAUCCAUCGGUAUAUAAGGCUGACGGGAGUCUAUGCUGUUGUUAUAGCACUUAGCGCUACCUUGUUUAAGUUUAUUCCAACAGGUCCACACAACUACUUGAAGCAAGAUACAGAUGCUUGUCAGGAAGCUUGGUGGAUGAAUGUACUGUACAUAAACAACUUCCAUGCCGAGCUGGGACAAGAGAACUGCAUGGGUUGGACCUGGUACAUGGCUAAUGACAUGCAGAUGUUUAUUAUCAGUCCUAUAUUUAUCCUUGCCCUCUACCACCUCCCAAUAUUUGGAAUAACAAUGUCAAUAAUUUCUGUGCUUGGUACAAUUGGCUUCAGAAUUUGGAGAGUUCAAGAUAGAGAUAAUGUUACAUUUGAUAAUCUUUAUAACAAACCAUACUCAAGAUUUGGAUCUUACGCAAUAGGUCUCAUCUUGGGCUAUAUUUUAUAUAGGACAAAGCACAUACAAAACAAAAGUCAGCUACCGAAGAACAUUGCUCGACACAUGAAGAUAAUAAUUCCUAUUUGUUGGUGUGUAUCAUUAGUUAGCAUUUAUUUGAUUAUAUUCGGACCUGAUUUACCUACAGAGCUAACUGACCUGGAGUUCACUAUUUAUCAAAGUGUGUUCAGAACGGCAUGGUCUAUAUCAUUGGCUUGGCUUAUAUUUGCAUGUGCAAAGGGAUAUGGUGGACCUAUAAACAGUUUUCUCUCCUGGAGUUUCUGGAGUCCUCUUGCUAGAAUCAGUUACUCCUGCUAUCUUGUUCAUUUCUUCGUCAUUCAUUGGACCAGCUCAAUGCCAGCUUAUAACCUGAUGAUAUCCCAGCCUUACUUAAUAUACAUGGUGAUAGCAAACACAGUGGUUUGUAUGGGGUGUGGGUUAUUCAUGGUUUUACUGUUUGAAGCUCCAAUUAUGCAUUUAGAGAAACUUUUAUUUGGAUUUCUAGGAAUCUCUGGACUACCAACUGUUCAAAAACCAAAGUCUGCCUGAUAUAUGAUGCUCGUGUGAUGAAUAUUUUUUAAGUAAAAGUACAAUUAAAUAAAGAAAAUAAAGAAAAUUGAUUCUCUCA